GAGCGCUGGGCGGGCUGUGCGAGUCUAUAUAAGGGCGGGAACGGAGUAAAAUCCGCUGAGUUGCGUGGCGCUGUGGUGCGCGCUGGUACCUGCGGAAGCGGAACGCGGGUGCGCACCUCCGGUGUUGGGAACUGUCUGCAGUGUCACAGGCAGAGCAGGGACAGGGUAGGCUUGUGCAGGCAACACCUUCCUGAGCCUGUGAGUCAUCCAGGACUGGCUGUGGCUGAUAUUUGAGGCCCUAGGGUGGCCCUGCUGGAUAUGCAGAGUUAGACAUCUGGAUCUGCUGCGUCUUCCUUGUGUUCUCUGCAAUCUGCCAAGACAAGGAUAACGGUUGUGGUCAUAGAACUAUGUCCAAGCUUGACUGGAAACAGGUUUUGCCAUCACUUAUGAUGCCUUGGACACAAGACCAUGUUUCCUCCCAGGAAGAAGUGAAGCAGGCCUUGGGUCCCCAGGGCGAAGGGGCGUCCAUUCACCAAGAGAUGCCAGGGAAUGCAGGCAGAAGGGCGUGCAGGGCUCUGGCUUCGUUAGAACUAUGGAUCCACUGGCAAUGCCUUUAAAUUUCACCCUCAGACUCCUUCAUGCAGUGUUACAGUUCUCUAGCAGUAACAUUGCUGGGAGGAGGGGGGAGGCAGGGGGGAAUUAAACUUCCCUCUGGCCCCCAUCUGAGAUGGCAAGAUCUCCAGCCCCUCAUGAAAACAAAUCAGUUUGAACUCCACAUCAAACCAACCUGGCUCCACUCCACACCCACAUUAGUACCAGUCUGACCCGGAGAAGCACUGAGCACUCAGACCGCUGUGAAAAGACCGACUGCAGCAAGGAGGUAAAACGAUGAGCUCUCUCCCCACAUGUGCCGGAACCUAAGAAACAAGACUGAAGCAAAAAGAAACACCAACAACCCCUGAUUCAAAGCCGAGAAGCCACGCAGUGCCACAACAAGGAUGGAUGACAACACUUGAUGAAAAAAAAAGACAGAGCGGGGGGAAUAAAGCCCCCGUUUCUCCACUUAGCAGCGGGCAACCAGGUUUUUCCUUUUUUCUCUUCUUCUUUCUCUUCUUGCUGCAGUUCAGAUGUAGCCAAGGCCACGCAGGUGGUGUAAUCGCUGGUAUGAGGUGGGAGGCUCUGGCAAGCUCCUCGGUUACAAUGAGCUGAGUUUAUCUUGCAGCUUCACACAGGCCUGAAAUGUAUAUUCAAACUGUACAACACAGGCCAGGGGUAUUUUGCUUUUUUCUUUGCCCAUUUCAUUCCAAUCAGCAACUUCGAAUGCUAUCGCAAUAGAAGAUAAACCUGUGCCUUUUCUGCAUACCAUUCCUACAAUUAACUCAGUAAAACUGUAAAUAUCAGCCAUUAUCCCCUCUGGAGUGAACAGUCUGAAAAACUUGCAGCCGACUUCAGAAAAAUGCAGUUACUUAGAAGAACCUAAUUAAAAAGAAAAAUCACUAAAAGAGGAUUGGUCUUGUUUUGACCAAAACCAGGACAGGGAGACCUUAUCGCUCUUUCCAACUCCUACAACAGCAGUUGUAGUGAGGUGGGCAUCAGUCUUGUCUUCCAGCUAACAAGAGAUAGGAUGAGAGGACAUUAAAGAAAUGCUUUUGACCCUAGGUUUCUGUAGCACACUCUCAAAUGUCUGUGCUAUAAAAAAAGUAAUUUAUUCAAACAAUAUAAAAAAAUUAAGCAAAGAAACAGUCCAGACUCUGUGCCUCUCAGGCAGAGGGACCCCAAGACAAAAGUGGCCUGGGCUUUUCAGCCCUCACAGUCUCUGCUGUGCACCCACUCUUCACACACCAUUCAUGUGCUGUCCACACACACCUUUUGGUCCAGGCACAUCUAGUCCAACCCCCCUGCAAUGAGCAGGGACAGCUCCAACUACACCAGGUUGCUCAGAGCCCCAUCCAGCCUGGCUUGGAAUGUUUCCAGGGAUGGGGCAUCUACGACUCUUCUGGGCAACCUGGGCCAGUAUUUUACCACCCUCACUGUAAAAAAUUUAUUCUUCAUGUCUAGAAUACACUUGUAUAUACUCUGGCAUGUGGCAGCUUCUGCAGCUCUAUCUGCUGAUUACUCCUUUCAGUUUUGCUGGAUCCUUUGGUAUGAGCUGGACAGUGUACUACAGCAAUUUCCCUUGAAGGCUGAAUAGCUUCAAACAACAUUCGGUUUUCAGUCUCAUUAGAAAUAUGUUUUCUUCCCUGAAGUAAGGAAUCCUUGUUCUUUCUAUAGCGUACCUGUUGCAUGACGCACUCUGAAGGCAUCAUGACUUUGCACGGGAAGCACAAUCAUUUCCCAGUCUCUUGACAUUAGUUCCAUGCAACGUGAUCUGAUUUUAAGAAUCAUCUGAGCCACCAGUUCAAAAAGGCCUAGGGCUGUCUUUUUUGACUUGGCUGGCAAAAAGACCCACUCUGAAAUCUGUAACGGAUCUUCCCCCUUUCUCCUGCCAUUGUGUGAUCAUGGCAAAAGAAAUGCAUUGAUUAAUCAAAACAAUUGCUUGUACAGGCACCGUCAAAUCAGUUCUCCGUACAUGUUUACUAUUGGUUGCUUGUUCAAUUUCCGCAAUUACCUUCUGUGCUUCUGUUGUCAAAGUUCAUGGGGCAGAAAUAGUAGUGACUCCUCGCCAUAGGUCAAACAGUGGCUGCAAUUGAGAAGAGGGGAUUCCUACAUACGGCCUCACCCAAUUUAUCACUCCUGCCAGGUUUUGCACAUCAUUCAGAGUUUUUAUUUUUACUUGCAGCUUUGUAGGUUGUGAUGUCCUCGUUUGAUCCAAAAUCUUCAUGCCCAAAUAAAGCCAUGGGUGUUGCUGUUGCACCUCCUGAGGUGCAACAACCAGCCCAUACUGAUUUAAUGACUCAUGUGCCUUGUUUUCCAUUUCACCUAAUUCUUGUGGUGUUGCUGCAACCAACAAGAUGUCAUCCAUGUAAUGAUAGCAAUAUCCCGAUGGAAACAAAGCACGUACCGGCCUCAGAGCUUUUGCCACAUACCGCUGACAUACGGUAGGUGAAUAUUUCAUCCCUUGUGGCAGCACUUUCCAGUGCUACCUUUUUGCUGGCUCUCCAUUAUUUACAGAUUGAGCAGUAAAGGCAAACUUUUCCAUGUCUUGUUCUCCUAAAGGAAAAGUAAAGAGACAAUCUUUCAAAUCUAUUACAACAGUUUCCCACUGCAUUGGAAUCAUUGUCAGAGAAGGUAACCCUGGUUGCAAAGCUCCCAUAGUUGCCAUAACAUCAUUAAUUUUUCAUAAGUCAUGUAAUAAUCUCCAUUUUCCAUAUUUCUUUCUUAUAACAAACACAGGAGUAUUCCAAGGGCUAUGUGAAACCUCUAUGCGUUCCACAGCUAACCGUUCCAUCACAAGAGAUUGCAGGGCUGCAAGUUUUGCCUGAGCAAGGGGCCACUGAUCGACCCAUACUGGUCCUUCAGACACAGCUCCAUGGGGCAGGGAAGGGGGCAGUCCCAAGCUGCCCCACGGGGAUCCCCCCAUUUGCUGCCAGGGACCCACAGGGAGAGACACCCCAGGGGUUAACAGCCUGCCCCAGGGCACAACUGGGGGUGUCCCUGCCCCUCCCCAGGACCCCUGGGACAGGGCAGGGGAACAGGGGUCCUUUUCUCCAGGCUAAACAGCCCCAGUUCCCUCAGCUGCUCCUCAUCAGACUUGUGCUCCAGAUCCCUCACCAGCUUUGUUGCCCUUCUCUGAACUCACUCCAGCACCUCAAUGUCUAUCUUGGAGUGAAGGGCCCAAAACUGAACACAGGAUUUGAGGUGCGACCUCAGCAGCACCCACUUUUCUCCCCGUGUACCCCAGUUCACAUUUCUGUUGCUGGCUGAACCACACAACCAUCACGAUCAUGUGGUUGUAUUAAUAAUACAAGUAUUCAUACUUAAUUACAUGUAUCAUAAUUUAUACUACUGUAUUGAAACGAAUAAACAGCAAAGUCAAUUAUAACGUUAGGCAGGCAUUCUUCAUUUUAUCAGUGCUGGGAAAAACUGGGGAUCAUCCUCCAUAAGUUCUCCAGGGACUGGAUGUUCUUGCCUUGCUUAUAUUCACACAACUGUUACAUAUUCAUUACAAUUUUUGGAAAUUCUUAACAUACAAUACAUCUACACCAGGAAAUAAUUGCAUAAUCAGGAAGUUAGUCUCAAGUUAGUUACAAUUGUUUUGUAUCUUACUUACAGUACAUUGAUUAAUCGCAAGUCAAAUAUAAGCUGAACACUCUGCUCCUAAACAAUGUAUCACUUAGCCUUCUGUCUCCCUCUUGUCAUGGAGAAGGAUCUAAAACUUGAAAAGUAUCCCCUCAUUUUGCAGGUGGUCACAAAGCAUCUAUCAUGUCAAUGGGUUAAUGAUGAGUAUGCCUUUUGUAACUUAAUGACAGUAUGCAUUAAUUUAGCAGCUUCUCUUCAGUAUCAGUAAUGCUGCAUCAAUAAUACCAUAAUGAGGGCUACCAAAGGAAAGCUAGAAACAUUCCCUGUGAGAAAGGGUACACGACUGCUCACCACCAAGCACCACUACAGCACACAGCAGCCAAGGAUGCUGAUAUUAUUAAUGAAUUCUCUUCACCCAAACUUGCGGCCUGAUGACCUAACAAGAGGCACAUCUAAAUGAAGCAGAGAGGUAAAAUCCCUCUUGGCACUGCUCAGGGAGGGGCAGAGCCACCACCGGGACAAGGAUGAGCUAUUGCUGGUGACAAAGGGACUUUGUCACCCCCCAGAUUGCCCCAGUUCCCUCCCAGUUUGGCACUCAGGACAGAAAAUCGGUGCCUGCUCCACACUCGCACUCUCAAACCCCUUCGUGAUGGACUGUGGUGCCUGGGCAGGGUGGAGGGGACGCAGCCCUGUUUGGUGAUCCAGAGCAGGCACGGUGUGCCAUGCUGUACCCCCUGCCCCGAGACACCCAUUGCUGCUUCACCUCGGCUGCCCGUCCUCCCUGAGGACUGCCUGGCAAAGCCGAGUUUAACUCUCACCAGGGACCAACCUCCAGCCAUCCAGCCAGAAAGUGGGUGGAUCAGUAAAAUCCUGCUCUCAGUACAGGCAGAGACUGGGGGAUGUUGCUGAGAUUGUCCACAUUUCUAGAUCCAGUGUGGAAACUGUCCAGCCCUCUCAACACAAUGCACAUUGGAGCCGUGCCAAGGAGAGAGGUUGGAAAAGAAAGUUUUUCCUCUGUGUGAGUUUCUGGCAGGCAAGCUGGCACACUCAAAUUGGUUUUUACAGCAUUUUUUUGGCACCCUGUAAGGAUUUAGCUACCACAACAGCCUUACUUACGAAUAACACCCACACAAAGAAUUACCUGGCAAAGUCAGCCUAUUUAUGUAUAUUCUCACAGCUUGUCUGUUGACCCCAAUGUGCCUGGCCUCAAACUUGCUGCAAUUAAUUCUCAACAAGGCCAGCAGCAUUUCAAAGGCAUAUCAGAAGACCUGAUGGAUACACACCCCUCCCCUCCACCCCAGUCUGAAUUCACUGAAUUUAUUCGUCCGGGGAGAUUUUUAGCGAGUAGGUACAACCUACUUGCAUGAUACAAUCCUAUUAAUCCUAUUGCAUGAUGCAAUCAGCAAGAACUCACCACCAUAGCGCAAAAAAACCUCCUCUUUACAUGGAGACCGAGUGGACAUGCACACUUCAGUGUGCACAGUGGGAACCCAACUCCUCUGAGUUCCCUCUGAACUCACCUGCUGCCCAGCAGGUGGGGACACGUAGCUGCACAGCUGGAUCCUUUAUAAUCCAGGUGCAGCUCCGAACUCCUGAGAGCACAGCCCUUAUUUCCAGGGCUGGGCCACUCUUCAACUUUCUUUAAUAAAUACCAGAAUCUCCAGGACAAAUCUGCUACCUCAUUGCAUCGCAGCAUAAAACGUGAAAUAAUAUGUAUUGACAAAGCUAAUACGGUUUGGAACUCUAAAGGCCGACUAAUAUACUGGUGAGGAAAGGGGAUUUCCAUAACGACUCCCCCUUUUCCCCAUUGCUCCUCAAAAACGGGGAAAAAGACCUGAGGGGGUUGGAACUUCCAUGGGCUGCUCCGCCAGCUCAAGCAGAACCUGCACAAAUCUGAGGCAAAAAACUUUAAGUAUCGUGCUGGUUUACGCUGAUUGGCCGGAGCGCUGGGCGGGCUGUGCGAGUCUAUAUAAGGGCGGGAACAGAAUAUAAUCCGCUGAGUUGCGUGGCGCUGUGGUGCGCGCUGGUACCUGCAGAAGCGGAACGCGGGUGCGCAUCUCCGGUGUUUGGAACUGUCUGCAGUGUCACAGGCAGAGCAGGGACAGGGUAGGCUUGUGCAGGCAACACCUUCCUGAGCCUGUGAGUCAUCCAGGACUGGCUGUGGCUGAUAUUUGAGGCCCUAGGGUGGCCCUGCUGGAUAUGCAGAGUUAGACAUCUGGAUCUGCUGCGUCUUCCUUGUGUUCUCUGCAAUCUGCCAAGACAAGGAUAACGGUUGUGGUCAUAGAACUAUGUCCAAGCUUGACUGGAAACAGGUUUUGCCAUCACUUAUGAUGCCUUGGACACAAGACCAUGUUUCCUCCCAGGAAGAAGUGAAGCAGGCCUUGGGUCCCCAGGGCGAAGGAGCGUCCAUUCACCAAGAGAUGCCAGGGAAUGCAGGCAGAAGGGCGUGCAGGGCUAUGGGUAAGUGGUGCAGACACCCUCCAGUGUAUGUCGUGGUGCUGGCUGCGCUUGUGGCUUUGGUCCUGGCUUUGGCAGUGGCUGUUGCUGUGCUGUCAGCAGGAAGAGAUGGAGCGAGUGCAGCUGCGGUGCUGGGCUGUCCUGAUGACUGGGUUGGGUACCGCAAUGUCUGCUACUACCUCUCGAGAGAGGAGGGGAGCUGGGAGUGGAGCCGGGAGCGGUGCUCCUCGCUGGGGGCUUCACUGGCUGUGAUCAAGAGGGAGUGGGAAAUGGAGUUUCUAUCACGGCUCAGGGGCAACAUUGACUACUGGGUUGGGCUGCGCAGACAGGAUGGGCGCCCGGAGUGGGUGGACGGCAGCAGCUUCAACCACACGAUCCCUUUGAAGGGCCGAGAGCCUUGUUUCUUGCUGUUCCCCUGUUCCUUUCUGUGGGAUGUGGGAAACUACAGUGGGUCCAUGGAUUCCCUGACGGAGGGUAUGGGAACAGAGAUCAGCCUUGGGCAUAUUAAGGUUUACCCAUGAGGAAGAUGGGAGUAAAGGAGUAUCCGGAGAUAUUAAGGUGUAUCCAUGAGAGAGAAGGGAGUAGAAGAGUAACAUUGAUGAUAGCAAAAUUAGCCAAUGAGGUGUUACUGCUGUAACUUGUAACCAGUAGUGAAGAGACACAUGAAUUGGUAAAACUGUAUAAAAAAUGCACUUGUGGCGAUAAAUGGCAUCUCUACCACGACAUAUGGUGACCCUGAUGUGAUCCUGUAUGAAGAAGGAUCUCGCAUGAAGAAGAGACAGCGGUGAAGCUGUGACAGCCGAAGACGAGCUGUGGAGAUGGAGCCCGGUACAGGUGACAGAGCAGCAGGGGGGAGCUGCCGAAGAUCCGGAUCCUUGAAAAGACACCACGCCAAGAGUUGUGAAUUUUGCCUGUCAGCUAAAGCCUUCAUAUUAGCUGCAUUUUCCUGGAGAACCAGACACAUGUUUUGGUAAACCUAGCAAGGGAAUGCAAACUUAUUGAUAAGCACGGAUGGACAUCUCGCGAGAGAGGCAACGAGAAACAAGUGACCAAGAAACUGACCAACUGCGUAUAACAUUCCAUUCACGUGAAUACUUCAUAUAAAAGUGGGAGAUCAUGAGGAUCUCGUCCCUUUUGCCUUUGUUUUUUCCCUUCUGCUUAUGGCCGACAUUAGGAGAGGACCUUGCUAGUCGUCCCUGCGAACUGAGGCCUAGUGACAGACUGAAUCCAGCUCCGGUUGGCUGCAGAGUCCAAUCCAGGACUUUGGGUGCCGGCUCUGCAGUUGCUGAGACUUUCAAGAUUGGUUUUGUGUAUUUUGUAUUAUUUUCUCUAGUCUUGUUAGUAGCAUUAGUAAAACAUUGUUAAUUUUUCCAACUCUCUUCUCUCUGUCCUUCUUUCCCUCCUGAUCACCUGUCCUGAGUGGGAAGGGGGGAAAGGGAGGGGCAAAAAGGGGGAAGUGGGGGGGAGAAGGAGGUUAACAAUACAUCUGCCAGGGUUUUAUUGUCACCCUGCGAUCUAAACCCUCGACAGUUAAAAAAAGCAGGACUUCAUUAAAUGCCGAGAUAAGAAGUUUUACAGCACCAGCUGCAACCUUGAGGAGACAAGAUAGCCAAGAUUUACAGCAAAAAGGGGGGUGCCAGUCUGGUUUCAGUUGGUUUGGUAGCUUGGGUUCCAGCCGGUUCCUCCUAAUGAGCCAAAGUUAAAAAGUCCACUGUGACGAAGCUGAAGGAGCCUUCAUCCAACGACCCCUAAAGACCCUUCCUCAAAUUCACCAAGUGACAUUGUGCAGGCGCAACAGGGGAGGGUCAAGGAGGGGAAUGUGUAAAUGGUUAUCUGAGACUUAUUUUAAUAAAAAGCGGGAAAGGUCAUGAAUAUGUAUAAGCGUUUCUGGGGUCAUUAUGAAUAUGUAAUACCAUACUGUAUUUAAGCACACUUCUUAUUGUUGAAAGUGUGCGUGUUGGGUGGAGUGAAUCCCCCACGCACCCAGCGCUGUUCUACUUAUGCUCUAAUGAACACAUGUUUAAAGAAUACAGUUAAGGAAUUGGAUUAAACAUUGUUUAUCCACAGGAAAA